GAGGUGGCUGGAGGCACGGAAGGGCCUCGCGGGCGGGCGCACUAGCGUGAGGGCGCGACUCUGAAUGGACUUGCUUGCAGCUGGGGGGCUUCGAGCGCCCCCGACUGUGCACUGCUGAGAGGAUGUCGUAAUGGCAAGAGAGGAGGCUCGUGGCGGGAAAAGACCCCUAAAAAUCUGGGAUAGCUGGCGAAAUAUCCGAAAAGGUCUGGUUGUUGGCAGUUUUGAAGAAUUACUCGUAAGAGGAAAAGACAAAUUGGGCGUUCCCGCCUCGGAACCUGUUCGGGUGGUUCUUGAGUGUGACGGUACACAAAUUGAGGAUGGUGAGUACUUCCGGACGUUGGCCAACAACACAGUGCUUCUGCUCUUGAGAGAAGGCGAGCGUUGGUAUCCAACUGGAGUGGACGUUAUAAAAGCUGCGAUAUCUGCUAUACCAAAGAUCGUCUGCGAGACGAUUCAUGCGCUAGAGCUGCACGAUGAGACACCGUCUUGGAAGAUUAUGGAUAACAAGGGUCGCGUCACGGUUGUGUUGCACUGGGAUCAGAGACAAGGCGGCGGUCAGGGCGGCGCGAGUAGCAACGGAUUGUCCAGCGAUAAGUUCUCACCAUCGAAGAAAGGCCUGUCGGCGCAGAGCUCCCUCGAUAAGUCGUCACCGGGUCCACAGCAGCGCUACCCCAGUCCGCAGAUCACUGUAAUCAACCACGACGACCCGCAGACGGGCAUCUACCACCCGGGCGGGCGGCGAUUGUCCAAGCAGGGCGGCUCCUUCGACGGAGUGGUGCACGUGCACACGCCCGAGUGCGCCCAUCACGCGCACACGCCCAGCCGGGCGGGCAGCCCCAGUGCGGCCGAGUGCGACUUCCACUGCUGCGCCCUGCACGAGGAGGGCCGCAAGAUCGCCGUGCACAAGAGCGUGGCGACAUCGCCCAUCCAGGACGGCAGCGGCAGCCCGCAGCCGCCGCCCAGCUCUAUGACGGACCCCAGCGGCCGGCGCACGUCGGCCAGCAAGGGACAUGUGCGCUUCCUGGACAUUGGGCCCGAGCGCGACAGCUCGGAGUCGGAGACGGAGAACACGGUGAUGGAGGACGAGGCGGUGACGUCGGAGAAGUUCCUUCUGCUCAUCGAUCAGCUGUCCGUGGACCAGAAGCGGCAUCUCAGCAUCAAGGACAUCGGCAUCAUCCUCGAGCGCCUCAGCUCGAAGAUCCUCGAUGUUGAGCGUCUGGAUCGCGAGAGCGAGUCAGACGACUGCUACAACUGGACCAUCAAGGCCACAAUCCGGGGUGAUGCUUUACGUGAAUUGGGUGUUAUCUACAAUGGGAACUACUAUGCAAUCUCAGAACAUCCGGGGUACAAGGAGGAGAACGAGAAUGAGAAUGGGGAGGAAGAGGAUGAGGACAGAUUAUAGGAGGACGAUUACGAAGACGAGAGUGAAAAUUCGCAAGUGCUUCGCGUGUGAACCGUGUCAUGCCAGAAGUUUAAACACAAAAAGAAGAAGAAUAUCGCUCAAGAGUGCUCGAAGUCUCUCGUCUUCAGACCUUUUAAAACAAUGUUUUAGUUUGCCGUUUGUUUUCAAACAACAACAAAAAAAGAAAUGAUAAACCACGUACUUUAAAUGAAAUUAAUACUACACACACACACACACACAUGAAAGAUGGUAAAAUGAAAUUGAACAAAAAAGGAAGAGGAGAAAAAUGAGGAGAGGAAUAAAUGAAAUUUCUAAGUAUAUAUUAUUAAAAGUUGUGAUUAGUGAAUGAAAGAAACGAUUAAAAAUAGAAAACAAACUAUAAAUAAUUAAACGUAAUGAAAUGGAGAAAAAAACACGUUUUAGCGGUGAAAAUGUGUUAAAAGGUGACCCGUGGACACUUAUUUUCUGCUGUUUAUAAAAUAUUUUAGACAACAAAGAAGGAUUAAAAAAAAACCAGAGACAACUAAAAUAAUUGAAUAAUGUAAAAUAAACAAUCAUUGAGAGAACAUGCGCAUCAGAUCCAGAGAGAAAAGCCCACCAUAGGGAUUAAAUGUAAUUUUUGAGAUGAAGAAGCAUUCACACAUUUUCAAAUUUGUCAAAUGAUCAUAUACUUUCUCAUCGUGUAACAUAAGGAGAAGGAGAGCGAGGUAAUGUAGAGAUAUUUGAACUAUUGAACAUGCAGAUUGAGUUCAAUGGGAGGAUAUUAGUGGAUUAAAUGCACAUUGAAUGAUGAAAUUUAAGAUACUUUGGUUGGGGAGAUAAGAUGUGAUGAAAAGGGGGAAGAAUAUCAAUUUUAGUACAAACGCAAUCGAUUUAGUGUGUAUCGAAGGGAUUGUCUGAAACUCCUUGUUUAAUUAUGACCUCAAAACCGUAAAGAUAAGUUCUAUUGCGACUACAUUUUGCAUUCAUGGAAGGAUCAAUUUUCUCUUAAUCCCUACACUCAAUGCAAGUGCAUUUAAUCUCAGCUAUUAUCUUCCCUUUGAACAGUAGAACAGAUGAAUGCAAUGAAAGUACUUUGUGUCCCUCAAUCGUAUCAUUGAUAAAGGGAAGACCAUUGAAAUUGAGCAAGGAUGGGAAGGCAAAUAUGUGAGAAAAAGUGAUAUUCAUUUGAUUAUAAAACCCAUUUUUUCCACUCCGUCCCCACAAAAUAUCAUUUUAUUCUUAAAAUUAUUUCAAUUCUAACACUCAUUUGAGUCAUCUCGCAAAGGAAAUUUGUCGCCUAAAAGGUGUAAAAAAAAUCAUGUAACUUUUUACACGAAAGAUCGUUAUAGGAAAAAAAACAAAUUGUGUGAAAUAUUGCCAGGAAUUGAAACGCACUUGUUACUAAAUGCCAAAUCCUCUUCCAUAUCUCAUUUUUAUUAUUAUUAUUAUUCACUCUCUGAACCCCUUUAUCGAGUUUCGAUGUAUAGUAUUUGAUUUUGGGUUUUUGGUUUAUGUGUAAAUCUAACUCUCAUGAGUUCCUAACGUGUGUAAAUUCAAUUACGAACAUGCAAAGGAACAACAACCAAAAAAUUAGGAAUAAACUGAACCGCUGUUCUUUUCGCUGUUGAAAAACUAACAAUCCAGUCAAAAACAAUUGUGCAUCAUCGAAGUGAGAGUAUUUAUUAUGAGUAGCCAAAAACGGAAACAAAUUGCCAAAAAAAAAUUCUACACUGUGAAAUUAACGGAAAUAUAACAUUUGGACAGAAUCUAAAAACGAUACACAAGAACUGAAGUUUCAGAGCCAAACGUUUCAGAGAAGAAAAAUGAGAUAAAAAGAGAACUUUUUAAAAGGAAUAGUGAAGGAAAAUUAAUACUAAAAAAAAAUCUCUCCGUAUAAACAUAAAAUUUAUUUUAUAUAUGGUAUAUUAGGAUUCAUAACCCGAAUAAACGUUUAAUAAAUUAUACAAAUUAUACUUAUUGAUAAAAUGGACAAAAAAAAAGUAUUUACUAAGCAUAGUAUAUUUAGGCAAGAAAAAUGUUAUGAAAGAAAAAACAUGGUGAACAUAAUGGCAUAAUUCAACGUGGACAGGAAAAGAGUGUUGGGAUGAAGAGAAGGCGCGAAAAGGUUGGGAGAAUGAUGAGUUGAGGACAAAGAGAAAAUUUGCACAAUUAGGAUUUUAAUUGUUUUACAAAAAUAAAAUAGAGA